CAUAAAUCCAACAUUUUCUUACAUUUUGACGAGCGUUUUUGUGUUCUUCUCCAAUUUGUGGCAACCGAAGAUAUCUCACAUUUUAAGGUAGUUUAGCUUGGCUGCUAUUAUUGGAGUUGCAGUUUGUUGAACGGUUGCUUGCUUCACUUCAAGGGUGGCAAUGAGUGAUAAGGAAUUUGGGAGGCCUCUCUCAGGUAAAAGAAGAUUGAAGGAUUUAUUGCUUCAAAAAGAUAAUCAGUUUUGUGCUGAUUGUAACGCUCCAGAUCCUAAAUGGGCGUCGGCCAAUAUUGGAGUUUUUCUGUGCUUAAAAUGCUGUGGUGUGCACAGAAGUCUUGGCUCUCAUAUAUCCAAGGUUUUGUCUGUGACAUUGGAUGAAUGGUCAGAUGAGGAACUAGAUGCAAUGAUGGAAGUUGGAGGAAAUUCUUCUGCUAAUUCAAUUUAUGAGGCUUAUCUUCCACAAGGAUUUACAAAACCUGGACCAGAUGCCAGUCAUGAGCAGCGUACAAAAUUCAUCCGAUCAAAGUAUGAGCGUCAAGAAUUUUUGAAAUCUAGUUUGCGCAUUGUGUCGGGAACAGGCAAUAAUGUUCGAUCAAAUGUUUCCCAAGUAGGGACUGUGAAUAGUUUACGAAGUACUAGUGAUUCACAGAACACGGAAGGAAAGCUUGGAACGUUGAAGGUGAAAGUGAUCAAAGGCACGGAUUUAGCUAUCAGAGAUAUGUUGACAAGUGAUCCAUAUGUUAUCUUGAAACUUGGCCAACAGACUGUUCAGACAACUGUGGUGAAGAGUAAUUUGAAUCCAGUCUGGAAUGAGGAACUUAUGCUGUCUGUUCCUCGGCAAUUUGGACUAUUGAAUUUGAAUGUAUUUGAUUAUGACAUGUUUUCAGCUGAUGAUAUAAUGGGGGAAGCAGAUAUUGAUCUUCAGCCUCUGAUUUCAUCUGCAAUUUCAUUUGGAGAUGCUAGUAUGUUUGAUGAUAUGCAGAUAGGAAAAUGGCUGAAAUCCCAUAACAAUGCGCUUAUAGAUGAUAGCAUAGUCAAUAUUGUUGAUGGUAAGAUUAAACAAGAGAUGACCAUCAAGCUCCAGAACGUCGAAUCUGGAGAAUUAGACUUAGAACUCGAGUGGCUACCUCUUGCUAAAUAGAAAAACUUUAUCUGUAAUAUUGAACGAAGAAUUCUUGGGUUGAAUUGGGGAACACGAAUUCCAAAUCAAUGGCGCAUCAGAAAGAAAAAAAAAAGAGUGCAAAGAAAUUUUGGGAUGGCAUCAUAUAUGUUGUUGUAUAUACUCCUUAAGUUUUGACCAAAUGGGGUUGACAUGCUGUGAGGGUAAAAGAUGUAGUUGCAAUGUUUUUAAUAUAAUUUGUUUGGCGAUUGGGUGGACAGCAAGAUGAUCCAAGUCAAGGAUGAUUUCAAGACUAUUACUUUUAACUUUCAUUCAAAUUGUCGCAAAAUUGAUGAUCCUAGGUUUCAUGAUCAAUUUCAAAUGAUUGAUGAUUUUGAUGC